UCCGACGGCUUGUCUCAGAUAUCUGUCUUGAUCUGACCCCAAGAGUUCUUGUCGCAGACUCAGGACAGCAAAAUUCAAUCUGAGAAUCGCAUCGAAAAAUUCCCAACAAUAUCUCACAAGGUAUCAAAAUGUCGACUUCCGGAAGUCCUUUCCUUUCAAAGGAGUACAUUAAUGGUGUUUAUAUUCCAUCUGGUCUCCUACUUGUUGGAACCUUCAUUGUCAAGCAAGAUUGGCUUCCAUUUGCUGUGAUUGUUGCACUGGCUUUGGGAGCGAUCAAGAUCUUCAGCGGCGGAGCUAAGCCAGUCCUAAAACCUGAUGUCUUCCAAGACUUCGAACUGAGCGAGAAAACAAUUAUCUCGCACAAUGUAGCAAUCUACCGAUUCAAACUCCCUUCUACAACCUCAAUUCUCGGUCUGCCAAUUGGCCAGCACAUUUCUAUUGCUGCCACCCUCCCUCAGCCAGAUGGCGCCUCCAAAGAGAUUGUCAGAUCAUAUACCCCCGUCUCUGGUGACCACCAGCCAGGCUUCUUCGACCUCCUCAUCAAAUCCUAUCCUACCGGAAAUAUCUCGAAACAUAUGGCAUCUCUGGUUGUUGGACAGACAAUCAAGGUUAGAGGACCAAAGGGAGCUAUGGUUUAUACACCCAAUAUGGUUCGUGCUUUUGGCAUGAUUGCUGGAGGAACUGGAAUUACACCCAUGUUGCAAAUCAUUCGCGCUGUUAUUCGAGGACGCCCCACUGGCGACAAGACGCAAAUCGACCUCAUAUUUGCCAACGUCAAUCAGGAGGAUAUUCUGUUGAAGGAGGAUUUGGACACACUGGCGAAAGAAGACCCUGGAUUCAGGGUACACUAUGUGCUUAACAAUCCACCUGAGAAGUGGGAGGGUGGUGUUGGAUUUGUUACUCCAGAAAUGAUCUCGAAAUGGCUUCCAAAGCCAGCCUCCGAUGUCAAGCUCCUUCUCUGCGGUCCUCCACCCAUGAUAUCUGCCAUGAAGAAGGCCUCCGAGGGUCUUGGUUUCACCAAGGCUAGACCAGUAAGCAAGUUGGAAGAUCAGGUCUUCGCUUUCUAGACUAGAUGUUACGUUACCGGUAUGAGGGAUGGAAGGAGCGCGGUUAUACAAAAGUAAAAAUAAUACAUAAAUCUCUAGCUAUGCUCUGGCAAGUGCUUCGAACCCCAAAGCCUUCGAUUGGAAACACGUCCAAUGGCCGAAUCUUCCCAUUGUUUGCCAUGUGGUUCUAGGGUUGGAUUUGUAGCGCAAAGGCCCAUAGAGAAGUGCAAAAGCCACUCAAUGGAAGUAUCUUUCUUCCUGCCAACAUCUACUUUGCUUGAGCUUCAUUUGUAUAACCUCAUUUGGAGAAUUGUCAAGCACCAAUAAAGAAAUUUGAUGCUCCUUGCAAGCGAUUCACAAUUGACUCUUCAGGGAAACACGUGCUGCAAAUUGUAUGAUUUUCAUUGGGUUACUUCCACAGGCUGUGAUAGUCAGGAUAACUUCAA